AUGGCUGCCAAGAGCACCACAGACGCUCCAAACUCGGGCUCGGCGGCCGCAGGCGAUGGCGUCGUGGUGACGGUGGACGACAUCCAGCGGCUCGGCAUCGCCAAAUUGAAGCCGCUCCCGGAGAGUUACUACGACGGCGGAGCCGACGAGGAGCAGACGCUGCGAGAGAACAGGCUGGCCUUUUUCAGGCUACGUCUGCGACCCCGAAUGCUUCGGAAUGUGGAAACGAGAGACAAGACGGUAACGCUACUUGGAAGCCAGAAGCUCUCCAUGCCAAUCGGGAUCUCGCCCACGGGCUUUCAGAAGUUUGCCCACCCAGAAGGGGAGAAGGCCACCGCCAGGGCGGCCCACAAGGCUGCCACGGUGAUGAUCCUGAGCACGAUGAGCACCACCAGCAUAGAGGACGUGGCGGCUGCGGCUCCAGAAGGACUGCGCUGGUUCCAGCUGUACAUGUUCAAGGAUCGAGACGCCAGUAAGGACCUGGUGCAGCGUGCUGAAAAGGCGGGCUACCAGGCGGUCGUGCUCACCGUGGACACUCCUCUGACUGGGAACAGAAUAUUCGACCGGAACAAACUCACACCGCUGGGCAAUCUGGCUGUAACCAUCGUGGAGGGAGUUGCUGGGCUCCUUGACCUGUCAGGGCAUGCCUACGAAAACACAAGCCUCUUCGAUGCCUCCUUGACCUGGGACGAUGUCAAAUGGCUCAAGAGUUUCACCAAGCUCCCUGUGAUCGUCAAGGGAAUUCUAACCGCCGAAGAUGCCAAGGAGGCUGUCAGCAACGGUGUCGCCGCCAUCUUUGUGUCCAAUCAUGGCGGUCGGCAACUGGACACUGUGACAUCCACGAUUGAGCCCCUGCCGGAGAUCAUCAGAGCAGUUGAAGGCCAGGUUGAAGUUUACCUGGACGGAGGCAUUCGUCACGGGACCGACGCCAUCAAGGCCCUCGCCCUUGGAGCCAAAGCCGUCUUCGUGGGACGCCCGGUACUCUGGGGACUGGCGUAUAAUGGCGAGGAGGGUGUGACCCAGAUGCUCGAGAUCUUGAGAAAAGAGCUGGAUCUAGGAAUGGCACUCAUCGGAGCAUCUUCGAUUGACGAGCUGAAGUCGGAAAUGGUCUCCCGUCAAGAACAAUAUGCCAAACUGUGA